AUGGCGGUCAGAUCAAAAGGUUUGUUUCACGUGGCAUUAAUUUCGGCCCAAAUUCGGAAGGGAUCAACUGUUUUGCUUCCCUGGCAUAUAGUUGGUGGGUUUUCCGAGAAAUGUACUAUGUUAAAACUCUUUCAAUCCAUAAAGAACGGCUCCAUUGACCUCGGGACUUGGGUUUUCCCGGAAAAACUGCGAGAUUUGCCGAUAACAGUUUCUGUUGGAAAAUCAAAGACUGACGCGUUUGACAAUGUGAUGGCAAAUAUGAAUGUUGUCCAAACAGUAUCGUUGUUUGGUCAUUAUGUGAGAUUCAACCUUGUAGAAGAUAAAGACCAAAAGAGAAGCACCGCUUGUGAAAUGCCUUCGGAAUCGGGAACGGAGGAUUCUGGCGCUGAAUCUGGUAAGGCCAAAAGGAAUGCAUUUGAAGUUCUGAUAUCUGGUGCUCGAAAGCUGUCUUUACCAGAACCAUAUGCAGCAGAUGGAGAUAUCGUUAACAACAAGAGGGUGUUAUACAACAGAGUUUUACAAAUGCUGCAAAAGGCAGGAUUAGGGUUUACACCAACCAAUUUCGACCAAGGCAAAACACUGAUUCAAACCAUAACAAACUGCAUUUGGACCAUUGACCCAAAUAUUGAUACUUUGAGAGAAAGAAGUUUUUAUGUUCCUUUUCUGUUUGAAGUUCGGAUUUUGAAAAUAAAAUAA